GACUUUUGUGUUUCGAGAAAGAAAUAUAAUUAAAAUCUAUUUUUGUGAGUUGAAAUCUAACAGCAGAUUAAUACUUAAAGAGAGAAAAAAAUACGAAAUAAAUUAAUAAACGGAAAAGCGAGUAAUUGCGGAUAAAGAAGAAAAUAAAGUAUUCAAUUUACGCUUCUUUAGAAAUUGUUAAAUAUCACAAUUUCGAUUCAAAGAAACAAAGAAGGAAAGUAAGCCACCUGAAGCAAGAAAAAUGGGGAAUUCGUCAUCAUCGCAUCAGCCACUUGAACGUGGAUUCACAAGAGGAACGUUUGGUGAUAUCAAGAAUGUGAAGUCAUCGUCGUUUCGCAGUAGCAAAAGAUCCCCAAGGAAAAUGGAUCGACUUCGUAAAUCAUUUCGUGAUUCCUUUAGAAGACGUAAAGAUCGUGUACCGGAAGCAUCGAAACCACAUCAAUGGCAAGCAGAUGAGGCCGCUGUGCGGUCAGCGACGUGCGUCUUCUCAGUCAAGUAUCUUGGAUGCGUUGAAGUGUUUGAGUCGCGGGGUAUGCAAGUGUGCGAAGAAGCGAUCAAAGUUCUUAGAAAUUCAAGACGUAGACCAAUUCGUGGUCAACUUCAUGUGAGCGGUGAUGGACUUAGAGUUGUGGAUGAAGAUACGAAAGGUCUUCUUGUUGAUCAAACAAUAGAGAAAGUAAGUUUCUGUGCACCUGAUCGUAGUCAUGAGCGAGGAUUUAGUUACAUUUGUCGUGAUGGAACAACACGACGUUGGAUGUGCCAUGGAUUUCUAGCAUCAAAAGAUUCUGGCGAGCGAUUAUCGCAUGCUGUUGGUUGUGCCUUUGCUGUGUGCUUGGAGCGAAAGCAAAGGCGUGACAAAGAGUGCACAGUUACAAUGACGUUUGACAUGAAGAAUUCUACAUUUACACGCACUGGUUCUUUCCGUCAACAGACAAUGACAGAACGUUUGGUUGACCCACCAUCUGUUGCUGUGGCGCCACAACCAAAAGCUUACAAUCCAUUCGCUAUUGAGCGACCACAUGCAACACCUUCAAUGAUGGAACGCCAAGGAAGUUUCCGUGGAUUCACACAAAUCGGUGCUCAGUCGCCUUUCAAGCGACAAAUGUCAUUGCGAAUCAAUGAUCUUCCAUCAAAUGCUGAACGUCAAAAAGCUUUUCUCGAUACCAACAUACCACAACGAAUGCCGGUGUCGCCGAUUCCAGAAGUAUCGCCACAACAAGUCGACACUGUCAGUGAAUUGUGUAAAGAAUUAAGUCAAGGUUUAUCGCUUCUUACGACGAAAGAUACUGAAGAUUUCCUGAACUUUGAAAAACUUGCAAAUGGUAUCAUUGAAAUGUCAUCAUCUGGUGUUACAACUCAUCUUCCAUCACCACCGAAAACUGUCACAAGUCCAAUCACUUCAAUGACACCUUAUCGACCUUUGGUGUCAACAUCAACCAUAAGUUCAACAAUUCCAAUUGGAACUGCAAUGCCGAUUCAACAGCAACCAAUUCUUGAAGAGACAUCAUUGGCUCCAUCAAGAUUCAAUUCGUUGGUUGCAGUCACAACAACCACGACAACGAAUAGUUCAGUUACGUUUAGUAACAUUGCAGAUAAUUCAUCACAGUUGAUAACUGAAACAUCGCAACCUUCAUCACCACAAAAAGUUGUUCCCAUUGAAACUGUAACUCCACUUCCGAAAGCUGAUCAAUGGUUGACAGAGAUUGUUAAAAAUACUUCACCAGCUCUAAAGAGAGCUCCAGGUUUUAAUUCGCAAUCACGAUCAAAGUCACUUGCUGCAACUGAUCCAUUUGAUACCAGCGUAGCUGAAUGGGCGACAGGAAGCAAUCGACCUGAAAUUCAUAGCACAAAUCCAUUCAUUUCACCUCCUAAACCUACAAUUCAACAAUCUUUUCAAGUCCAAUUGUAGGGGUUAGAGAAAAAUUCUGAAAAUUGUGCCGCACUUUGUGAUAUGUAAAAAUUUGGGAGUUUAUUGAACAUUUCUUCUUCAAAUGUUGAAGAAUAAUGUAAAAUGUUAUGUGUGCGGUACAUUUCAGAAUUGUCUAAAGUUUCUAGACAUCUAGAAGCAAUAUUUUUUAAAAAGGAUAUUUAGAUAUGUCAAGUUGGUGUAGCUUAGAAUUGAGAGAACGAGGUUGAAUGUUUGUGGGUGAAAAGCUUAUUGAAAUGUUGCCACAAACAGAGAAACUUAAAAUUUUGACUUAAUAAAGGUCAAAGUGAUAUCAAAUAAAAUUCAAAUUUGUGAGUAAUCAAAGCUCAUUGUUGUUAAAUUUAAAACCAAGUUAUAAGCUUAACAUCAACCGCUCAGAUCGUAAGAAAUCCAAUCGCUUGAGAAUUUUAAAAGUAAAUCAACAUUAAUGUUGCCAUGAAACAUUCGAUUAAAACAAGCAAAACUAAAACAUUGUUGAAACAUUGAAGAAAAUAUUGAAAACAUUGAAAGCUUUCUGCACACAACAAAAUAUUAAUUGAUGCUUCAAUUUCAUCUUUAUUUCAACUUGUACAUAAAUAAUUUGACUUGAUUGUAAAUAAAUAUAUUUUCUCAUGAUUUUAAACCUUAAUGUACUUAAACACCCAACAUAUAACUCGAUUAAUUUGAAGAUUUUGUUUUUAUUCAAGUGCAAUAAGAAUGAUGAAAAUUUUUAAAUAAUUUUUUUAUGCACACAAAUAAAAAGCCUGCCGUUGAUAUGCAUUCCAGCACAGCUACUAAUGUUAAAGAAUCAAUGAAAUCUUCAUCUCAUCUCAUCAAAAAAAGAUUCAUUCUCAUAACUCAGUUGGUAGAAUUUAAAAGAAAUAAUAUAAAGAAUUCAUUUUGUGGAACCAUAAAUCGAAAAGAAAAAAUAUUCUAAUCUAUACAAUAUCUGUUCUCAUAGCACAUAACAAUUUUUAUCUAAACUGAUGGACACAACAAGAAAUACAUAUCAUUGUGUUGCAUUUAGAGGGAAAAUAGCUGAAAUUUUUGACUAAAAUAAUAGUUUGACUGCUAAAUCGAAUCUUUAAAAUAUUUUUAUAUUUAAAAACGCGGAUCAGAGCGACAUGAGAUUUCGAGGUUCUUUUGGAUACAACAUAAAUACUUGAUUUAUCAAUUAAUUAAACAUUCCAUUGAAUUCGAGAAACAAUGAAAAGUUUUUAAUCGUGCGAAAUGAUGAGCUUUUGCUUAAUGGUAUUCUGUAAAUUUUUUGCCUUGUUUAUACUGUAAAAUAUAACGCUGUAUUAUUAAAUUACUUAACAAUCUUAUAAAAAUUGAAGAGAAAUAAAUAAAUGACUUUUAAAGUCACGCCUCACGAACACUUAAAAUAUUUCUUUUAAAAUUAAUGACUCUGUGUCAUCGACACAUGAUCAAAUACGAUGAAAAAUAUUAAAACAAAACAUACAGUAAAAUGUUAAGCAUAAAAGUUUAUGUUGAUGAA